AUGGCCCCCGCCCGCCGCCCCGCCGGGGCCCGCCUGCUGCUCGUCUGUGCUGGCCUGCUGGCCGCCGCCGCAGGCCUCGGCUCUCCGGAGCCCCGCGAGCCCGCGGACAGCCGCGCCCGCCAGGAGCCGGGCCCCGGGAACGAGCUGCCCGCGGGCCCCGGGGAGAGCCGCGCCGGGCCGCCCGCCCGCCCGUCGGAGCCCACCACCGAGGGAGCACGUAACUUCGACCCCAGGGAUGCCUGGAUGCUCUUCAUCAGGCAGAGUGACAAAGGUGUCAACGGCAAGAGGGGAGGCAGAGGCAAGGCCAGGAAGCUGAAGCUUGGCCUGCCAGGGCCCCCAGGGCCCCCCGGCCCCCAGGGCCCCCCUGGUCCCAUCGUCCCUCCUGAGGUACUGCUGAAGGAGUUCCAGCUGCUGCUGAAAGGCGCGGUGCGGCAGCGCGAGCGCACGGAGCCCGAGCCCUGCACGCGCGGCCCCGCCGACGGCCCCGCCGCCAUCCGGGAGAACGAGGAGGCGGCGGCGGGGGACGCGGGCGUGCUGGCGCUGUUGGCGGCGCCCCUGGCCCCGGGCCCGCGGGCGCCGCGCGUCGAGGCCGCCUUCCACGGCCGCCUGCGCCGGGACGCGUCGGUGGAGCGGCGCGCGCUGCACGAGCUGGGCGGCUACUACCUGCCCGACGCCGAGGGCGCCUUCCGCCGCGGCCCCGGCCUGAACCUGACCAGCGGCCAGUACACGGCGCCCGUCGCCGGUUUCUACGCGCUCGCCGCCACGCUGCACGCGGCGCUCGCCGAGCAGCCCAGGCGGGGGCCGCCGCGCCCCCGGGACCGCCUGCGCCUGCUCAUCUGCAUCCAGUCCCGGUGCCAGCGGAACGCCUCCCUGGAGGCUGUCAUGGGCCUGGAGGGCAGCAGUGAGCUCUUCACCAUCUCGGUCAAUGGUGUUCUGUACCUGCAGACGGGCCAGUACACCUCUGUCUUCCUGGACAACGCCAGUGGCUCAGCCCUCACGGUGCACAGCGGCUCCCACUUCAGCGCCGUCCUCCUUGGCGUGUGA